GCCUCGUUGUCAGUUGCGCCGCCAUUUUAUGUAACAGUUGUAGCUUGGCGAUCGUGAGCAGUGUUGUGCGCGAACGUACUUGUGUUAAAAUAUUUCCGAAUUGUUCAGUGAUUUAUCUCUAUACUAACAAUACAAUAUUGUACUUUAUUAUUAAACUGUGAUUGCAGUGUAAUACUAGUGGUUUUAAAUCGAUAUACUACAUCUAUGCUACUUCUUCCCUUCGAUGAUCCAAUACGUUUAUAUUCAGGAAGAGUAAGCGUAUUGCGAACAUUGUGAUAUGGCUAGAGUUCUGUUAUACGAGAGAGUACUGGAUGCUGUACUCACAAAUCCAUCACGUGAUACAGAGAUCCAAAAUGGAAUGAAGAUUAAAGAAGAGCCUGAUGAUACGACACUAAAUACUGGCACGACGGAGACAUUAGUUAGAAAUUUUUAUCUGAAAAAUGAUACGUUAAUUAGAAAUUCUAAUAUAAUCAAUCAUGACAAAGUAUCAUUACCAGAAAACGAUGUUUUGCACAAAAUCAUAAAUAAUGAAGAAAAUAAACAAAUAUCCAAUGGUCAUUCAGCAUACAUAGAUAGUGCAGAUGAAAUUUUGAAUUUAAAACGUAAAAGAACGAAAACAGAACAAGCACGCGACAGAACAGAACUUGCACAGAAGAAACAAAAGCGUGCUAAUGAUUUCCAAAUUUCUAAAAAUGAAAAUAUGAAUAUGUUUACGGAAACAACUGGAAAAUUAAGAAAAUUUAGAAAAAGAAGAAAACGACAAAGCAUUACAUCGGAUUCUAGAACCAAAAAGCAACACACAGCUCGACCAUCAAAAAGAAAAGUUUCCACUGAAUGUAACAUAUGUUUUAGGAAGUUUUCUUGUUUUCGAUAUUGUGAAACUCAUAAACAAUAUUAUAUUGGAAAUUAUAAAUGCACAAAAUGUAAAAAGCCUUAUAUAACACUCAAGGAACUUCAUUUGCAUACCAUGAAAUGUAACAAUGUAACACAUAAUCAGUCAAUGGUCAAUAAUCCCUCAAGCAUAUAUUGUAACUUUUGCAAUCGUGUUUUUAGAAAGAAAAUACUUCUACAAUCACACUUGUUUCAUGUGCAUAAUGAAUUAAUAUAUUCCAAUAACAUAACUGAAUGUGAAAAUGCAAAAUCUAAGAAUGAAAAUAUACUUUGUGAAAAUAAUACUUUGACUGAUGCACAUGAAAAGUCACUAUGUGCAAAUAAUCUUGUUAAAUCAAAGAAACGAAAUAUUAAUUUUAUAAAUAAUAAUAGUUCCGGGAGCGAUGAUGAUAUGACAAAGACUGAGAGCUUAAAAACUGAAGAAUCUUUCAGUGAUGGAAUGUCACCUACGAAAAAACUACGGCAACCAACAUUAACGGAAUAUCUUGAGCUCUGCAAAAGAAAACGCGAUGUUAGUGCCAGUCUAAAUAAAUUUAACAUUAUGAAAGAUAAUUUUUCGUCUACUUUAUUUCAUGGUGAAAAAACAGCAAAAAAUUUUAAACCGAAGUUUUCAGAAAUGUGUAAUGAACAAGUUGAUUCUUUAUCUACAAAAUCAAGUAAUUCAGGACAAACGGCAUAUUCUACUUUGGAGCAAGAUAAAAAUAUCCAAAGCCACGAAAUGCCCAAAAAGCCAUUUGUAAAAUUACAUGCGGAUGUUGAAAUGAUGAAAUCUUUUUUGGAAAAACUUCCAAAUAUAACUAUUGAAGAUAAAGUAAUCAAAGAUCAAAAGAAUGAUAUUGCUUCAUAUUAUCAUGAAGUGCCAUAUAGUCUACGGUCUCUAAGAACUAUAUCUUCCAUGGAAACAAUUUCAAAUUCAAGGAAGAGGAACAGCAAAGACAUACUUAAGAAAUCUCAACCUAACGCAGAACGUACUAGUACUAGAACGGAACAUAAUGAGACUAAUUCAAGUAAAACAGAUUCCAACUUUUGGGAACCUAUUAUGGUUCGUUUUAAGUGUAAGGAUUGUAGAAUUAUUUUAACAAGAUGCGAUGAGAAGAUAAGAAAUUGUCAUCAAAUUCCUUCAGUUAAAAUGACGUCUAAUGAAAACAUUUCUGUUCCUUCUCAAAGCAAUUCUAUGUUAUUUCAAGAAAAUGAUAUACAAAAUAAAAUGUUGAAUAAAGUGUUGAAAAACUUAGAAGUUUCUCUGGAACGUUUAACAACUGUUUCAGCUGUAGAUAUUACAAAAAUGAAGACAGUGUCAGACAUCGAAAAAUGCAAUAAUGAUUCUUUUUUAUGUAAAGUUUGUAAGAAAAGUUUUUCUUCAAAAUUGGACAAGCAUAUGCACAUUAAGUCAUCUCAUGUAGGAUAUAUGUCAAGUAUAUGCGACGCACGAUUUAAGCUGAAACAUAAAUUACUUCAACAUUAUUUGAGUGAACAUCUACUUAAACAAAAUCAAUGUUGCGUUUGUUAUAUAUUCUUAUCUAAUUAUGUAGAGUUGAGGCGACACUUAACUCUUCAUUGUUUGAAAUAUGUUCAAAGAGAAAAUGAUCAAUGUCCAAUAGAUAUUGAGAUAAAAUGCAGCUCGAUAAAAAACAAUUAUAAAUGUCUUCAAUGUGAUCAAGCAUUCGCAACGCAGUCUACUUUGAUGAUGCAUCAAAGUUUUUGUAUACUACAAGAAGAAAUGAUCGAAAAUCAAAAAGAUUCCAUACAGAAGAUAAAUGCGUUCCCAAAAAUUAUUCUCAAGAUGCAGCGCAGCAAGAAUACCAAUGGACUUAAAGUUAUACAUGAUAAAAAUACUCAUUUUGAUGAAUGCUCAAGUAAAAACUCUAUAGAAAUGACAAACAAACAUCAGAAAUCACUAAUUAAUGAAGAAAAUUCAAAAGUUAUUGAAGAAGAUUCAGAAGUUAAUGAAGAGCCAAAAAUUAAUGAAGAUAAACAAAAAUCUUCUGUUAAUAAUAACUUAGCUACAAAGGAAAUGGAGAUUAUCGACGAAUCACGGAACUCUGAAAAACUUUUAGAAAAUAGUAAUUCGAUUAGUAACCAAGAUACUGCGAGUGCGCAAUUGGAAGUCAUUAAACCAAAAAUUAACAUUUUUCCUUGUAAUAUAUGUGGAAAACAAUUUCAUACCCUUAAAAAUUUGCAGCAUCACAUACGCAGUUUUAGUAAUACUACUGAUAUCUGUCCGAUAUGUGGCACUGCAUUCAGUUCAAAACGUCUCCUACAAUCGCAUAUUACUGCGGCACAUGUACCACAAAUUUCAAAAACCUACAGUUUUCAUUGUAUGUUUUGUAAUCAAGGUUUUUUUAAAAAAUAUGAACUGCGAUCUCAUAUAUUACAUCUGCAUGGCCAACAAAUACUUGACACAAUCACGCACGAUUCUCGCGCGAAUCAAGAGAAAUCAGAUACUCAACCCGCAAUGUGUAAUAUAUGUAAUUUAGUAUUUGAGACGCAUAACCGUUACACAGAACACAAAAUGUAUUAUUACAAGAAUCAUACAUUCUUAUGCUCGCUCUGUGGACAAAAUUUUCAGGGAAUGUAUAUGUUGAAUCAUCAUAACAAACUCACACAUUAUUCAGAAGAUAAACGUAAAUCUUAUAAUUAUAUUUGCGAAAUAUGCGGCGAAGGAUUUAGCCAUGAAUCUCAUUUUCAUUCGCACAAUAUGCAUGUCCAUUUAAAUGAAGAAAAUUUGAGUGAGAUUGCAAAAGAAUCUGAAGGAAAAAGCCAAUUUGAUCACACAUCCGAUAUUCAAGAACAAAUUAGAGAUUCAACAAAUCAAAAAGAAAUUGAACAAUUGCCUAAUGAAUACAUUUGUCAUAUUUGUCAACUAAAAUGUAUAGAUGCUGAUGAUAUGGAAAAGCAUACAGCACUUUACUCUAAUGACGGCAAUUUUAAAUGCGAUAGAUGCAAAAGGCAAUGUAAAACACUUGAUCUACUUUAUCAACAUAGAACAUUAACUCACAUUUGCCGUGAUAUUUAUAAUGGAUAUGUUUGCUGCAUUUGCGGCGAAGUUUUGGAAACAAUUAUUUCAUUGGAAUGUCACAAAAAACAUUUUCAUUCGAACGAUAUUGCAUUCAAAUGCAAUAAUGCCGAUGACUCUAAGAAUUGUAAACAGACAUUACCUUCGAAUACUGUAAGUAAAAUAAUAACAUAUCAACUUGAAUCUAACGAUACACAUAAUACAGCAAAAUGCAGAUAUAAUUGUUUGUUCUGCGACAUGAAAUUUUUCUCUGCUAAUGCUAUCCAGACACAUAUAAUUCAAACGCAUAUUGAAGAUUUAUUUGCCAAACGCACUGGUAUAAAACCUACACCUUCCAUUAUUGAAAGCGACAAUAUUUGCGAACCGUCCGUUCAACAGUUAGUUGAAGCUGAUCAAACAUCAGCGAUAGCAACUACAACAUCAACAGUAAUUGCAACAUCAGCAACUACAAUAGCAACAUCAGCAGUAGCAACUACAACAUCAGCAGUAGCAACUACAACAUCAGCAGUAGCAACUACAUCAGCAGUAGCAACUACAACAUCAGCAGUAGCAACUACAACAUCAGCAGUAGCAACUACAACAUCAGCAGUAGCAACUACAACAUCAGCAAUAGCAACUACAACAUCAGCAGUAGCAACUAUAACAUUAGCAGUAGCAACUACAUCAACAACAGCAACUACAACAUCGUCAACAAUUGUAACCUCAACAGUAGCAACUACAAGGUCAACCUCAGUAAUAGUCGCUACAACAUCAACAUCAGCAACAUCGGUAGCAACAUUUGAAGAUAACCCAGCGCUAUUUCUUCAAGAUGAAUUCCCAAAUAAUAUUUCAAAUAAAAAUGGAAUAAAAGGUAAAACUAAUAUCGAAUUACCAAAUCAGAUUACGCUUUCGAAAAAUAACAAAACUAUACCGGACAUUUCUACGAUACCAUCUAUUAGAUUACCAGCUAAUAUAACAAACUCUAUAGCUAUUGCAUUAACUAAUUAUUUUCCUUAUAAACCUUCCUUAAUUCCUCUAUCCAUUGAAUCAGAAUCAUCUAAUAACCCUUCAAAAAGUUAUACAAAUUCUAUAAAAUCUGGGUCGAUCAAUGAAUUUGAAACCAACUCAACAUCGUCAUCAAAUAAAUUUAUCCAUAAUAACUCUGGAUUAUUCGAAGCUAUGUUUCUUGUACCACAAGGUUCGAAAAGCAAUGAAAUUACAAAUCAAAACCCAAUGAGCACUUACAAUCCGAAUUCUAGUUAUACGUGUCCUUUAUGUUCAUUAGAAUAUCCAUCUUUGAUGUUUUUUCAUGCCCAUCUGAAAUAUGCUCAUGUAGAUUCUAUUCGAACUAAUAUAAUUAACCUAUUUAAUCAAUCAGAGAUUCAAGAGAUUUCCCUAAUAAAAUGUUUAUUAUGUCUAUGUACAUUUACUGAUGAAAAUAAAUAUAAAAGUCAUUUGAAAAAUUCUCAUACUCGUACAGGUGUCUCGAACUCUCAGAAUAUGAGAAAAAUAGAUGAUAAGGAGAAAAACACAACAAAAAACACUCCUGAAAUUAUUACUCUGGAUGAUGAUGAUGACGACAAUGUCGAGAAUAAUUUGAAUCAAUGUACAACCAAAUCUACAACCACGCUCGUUCAUGAAAAACAGGAUGAAAAACAGGAUGAAAAAAUUGGUAAAUUGAGAGUGAAACCUUUUGCGAAGAUUAUGGAAAAUUUAUCUAUAGAGUAUGCAUCGAAACACCCGUCUAAAAAAGUCUCUCAUUUUACAUAAAAGUUCUAAAUUUAAUUACGACAGUGCAGUUAAUAACAUUAAUUCCAUUAAAUAUUUAUAAGAUUCUUGCAAGAUCUUGUAUUGAUGAUUUAUUAUAGAAAGAUAGUGAUGAUAGAUAAUGAUGACGAGAAUUAAUUUAUUCGUUAUAAUAUAUGAAUAUGAUUCCUAAUUAAGUAUUGUAUGGUUAGAUAGAUAGUUGCGUAAAUUUUAUUUCAUAU